UCAUUUGCACAACAUUCGCUCCUGCUGUUAGGAAUCAGAACCAUCAAUGUAGAGGAUGUUUCGAAGAGCAUUCUCAAUCAUAGUGCACGAAUACAGUGGGACUUACUUAGCACCGUUGGUUUCGCAGUCGAAGUUCCAGAAGCCUACGUUGACCCAGUCACUGGAUUAUCUGGAUCCGGACCGAGCUAUAUGUUUGCCGUCAUCGAAGGGCUAGCCGAUGGAGGAGUUAAAGCAGGCCUACCCCGUGAUCUCGCGCUGAAACUUGCCGCUCAUACACUUUACGGAGCUGCCAAAAUGGUUUUAGAAACUGGUACGCAUCCGGCUAAGCUGAAGGACGAUGUUCAAAGCCCUGGUGGUUCCUCAGUUUAUGGAAUGCAUAAGUUGGAGAGCGGAGGUCUAAAGGUUGUAUUGAGAAAU